AUGAAGGUUGAUGUAGAAGUAACCUCCAAGGAGAUUAUCACUCCAUCUUCUCCAACCCCAGCUCAUCUUCGCCAUUACCAGCUCUCCUCCCUUGAUCAACUAGCUCCCCUAGUUUAUAACCCUUUAGUCCUCUUCUACGAGUCCAAUGACAAGACAGUGCCUAACAUCACUGAAAUAUCCAGCCACCUCAAGAAGUCCCUAGCUGAAGUCUUAACCCUUUUCUACCCAUUAGCCGGACGAAUCAAACACGAUUGGUGUGUUGAUUGCAAUGAUGAGGGCAUUCCCUACCUUGAAGCUCAAGUCAAUUGCAAACUCUCUGACUUCCUUAAGAAUCCGAUCCCUGAUCAACUUACCAAGUUCGUGCCAUUUGAACUUGGUGAUCAUAUUGACAAGGAGUUGGCCCUAGGGGUCCAGCUCAGUGUCUUUGACUGUGGAGGGUUUGCUAUAGGUCAAUGCGUUUCUCACAGGCUUGCUGAUGCAUCGUCUUAUUUCAUGUUCAGCAAAACUUGGGCAGCCACAGCCCGUGGCGAAGCCAACAUAGAGCAUCCAGACCUUUUUUCAGGAACACGUUUUCCACCGAAGGAUGUUCUGGCUUAUGAUCCAAGCUUCAACAUCAGCAAGAAUAAAGUAACAAAGAGGUUUUUGUUCAAUGCCACUAUGUUAGAGGCUCUCAGAGAAAAAUAUGUGGAAGGCGCUUUUGGCUCAAAAGAAAACCAGAAACGCCCGUCACGGGUUGAUGCUUUAACGUCUUUCGUGUGGAGUCGAUAUCUGGCCAAUUCCAUCAAGAUUACAGGAGCUGAUGAUGAGAAGUUGUAUAUUAUGAUCCAUGCUGUGAACCUACGCCCAAGGUUUGUUCCACCAUUGCCACAAAAUUCUUUCGGGAAUAUAUACCGUGUUGCCAUGACAGGUCCCUUGUUAAGGGAUGCAUGCAACACAUAUGGUCGGGCUAUGGAGGAAGUACGAGCAGAAAUAAAAAAGAUAGACGAUGAGUGCGUCAAAGGAUUACAGCAGGGUGCUGAACAGUCAUGGAUCCCGGUCAAUGAGAAUACAGGUAGAUUAACGGAACUAGAGCUGGUUUCGUUGGGAUUCACUAGCUAUUGCAGGUUUCCAGCGUAUGAUAAUGAUUUUGGUUGGGGAAGGCCUGCGUGGGUGUUCUCAGCACCAUUGACCUUCAAGAACUUAACAGCUUUCAUGGACACCAAAGAAGGUGAUGGAAUAGAGGCAUACAUCGGUUUGGAGGAGCAACUCAUGGCUGAAUUUGAAACUGAUGCCGAGUUCUUGGCAUAUGUGUCUCCAAGUGCGCGCUGA